AUGGCCGAAGUAAUGGAUGUAAGAGACAUGGACAAGUUCUUGGAAAGCCCGCUUGUCACAUGGAUUACCAAUUGUUUGGACAGGCGCGACAAAGAUGCGAUGACGUACGAAGAGCUGGUCGACGGAGUGUCGAUCUACGACGUCGUCUUGCAGAUGGACAUAGACGGCCAAAAGACCGACGUCUCGCCGUCAUUCGGCGAACCGAGCAAGCGUCUCGCUAACCUUGACGCGGUGCUGCACCGUAUCCGUCAUUUCUACGAGGAUAACCUCGGCGAAGUGAUUAUACGCUUGCCCCAGGUUCAACUUAUCGCUCAGCAGCCGCGAUUGAAUAUCCGAGAAGUUGAAUUACUUCUCGUGCUCCUUCUUGGCUGCUCCGUGAAAUGCCAAAAUAAGGAAUAUUUCGUCGAGAAGAUUACGACGCUUGAGAAGGACGAGCAAAUGGCUCUCGCUGCGCUUAUCAGCAAGGUGUUAUACGUGCCCGAAAUAGUACUCAACGAAGACAUGUUGAUCGGGGGUCCCGAAAACGAUGAGCAAUCUUUUCCGAGUCAUAAGCAGAAGGUUCAACAAGCUAUCCAGGCGGUCUAUAGAAUGAGCCAAGAAAGGCACGAGCUGCUUAUGCAAGUGCGCUCAUUCUCGGCGCACCAUGAUGUACGAAUUUGCAAGAAGGAGCUGAACGAGUGGAAGGCUGAGGCUACGUCGUUGGCUGACGAACUAGAAUCUUGCAAACGUCAGCUGGCUGCGGUCGAGGCCCAUAGAGUACAAUUAUUUGCCAAGUUAAAGUCUUAUCGCGGCACACUGGAGGAAUUGUCUGAAUUGACCCAAAAACACGAAGAGGCCAAUAAAGAGAUUGCCAGUUACAAGGAACAGCUCAAGAAAAUGUCACCCUACAAAAUGCGCCUAGCAGAGUCGGAGCAGAACAUUCGAUUGCUAAAAGAGAAAAAUGAUAAUCUCGCCAGCCAAAUGGAAUCCUACAAAGAAGAGGCCGACGAUAAGCUGCAGAUUUUGAAGGCGGAGUAUUGCAGGUUACAGCAAAAAUGCAGCGAGUUAGAACUUGCUAACGAAAUGAAUUUCCAGCAAAACUCCAUACUUUACGGGGAAAAUCUUGAUUUAGAAAGCCGCAUUACACUUUCGAGCUCUAUGAACGCGUCGUCACAACAGUGCUACGACACCGAGGACGACGAGUCAUUCCAACCGCCUAACAACAGCAGUCUCUCUGAGGAACUGUCGCAGAGUAUGAGGUCGCACAUGCUCAAACUUGAGAUUGAAAAGCAAUUGGAGACUGUCGAAGAGAACUCUGUGCUCGAGAGUUCGCUUCGAAUUAGCCAUUUGGAAGAGGAGAAGGAAAAGCGAGAAUCUGUCAUUGCAGAUUUAAAUGCAAGGGUUGCUCAGCUCGAAGAACAGUUGGUGUCGGCAAACAGAGAAAAGACGGAGAUGAAAGAUUUGUUAAAAAAUGCUGAAAAUCUGCUACAAGACUUGAAGUCCAAGGACAAGACGGACGAGAAAAUUGAAAAGGAAGUGCAAGUGGAAUUGGACAAAUAUGACGGAGAUCAUACCAGCGGCAACGAUUUGGGCGAGAGUGCAGCACAGAGUCCACUGAAGCAGCACUCCGUCAAGUUACAUGUGCAAAGGUUGAAUGAUUAUCAGAGUCUGCUGGUGGCGAAAAACUUAUUGGAGAGCAAAUUAGAAGAGGCAAAUUUGAAGUUGAAGCAGCAGAGUAAAUCAUCGGAGGAAGUCGCUCCUCGCCAGGACGAUUUUAAUGUACUGAUGGACAAAUACCGCAAAGAGAAAUUGAGGGCUGACGAUAUGUCGAAACAUUUCCGUAAGCAAAUGGUGGAUAGAGAUUUAAAGAUAUUCGACUUAACCAAGCAGAAUCGCAAACUUCUCACCGAAGUUGAAAUUUUGCAGAAAUCGGUCAGACAAAUGGAGUCUGACAAAAAAAUUACGAACCAGUUCCUAUCGCAGAUAUCGGAGAAAAAUGAAGAAUUGAUAGCGAACUCGUUCGUAAGGCAGCAGAAAUACCACGAGGAAUAUAGGAAGAAAGACGAGAAGUUUGACAAUUUGGCUCGCAUAAAAACGAAACUCGAGGAAAGGAUGCGCGACAUGGAAAACCGUAGAGUUCAUAAGCGCAGCGCGGCAGUUACCGCGAUGAAAAAUACAUUUACAAAAAUGCAGAAAGCUAGCUCAGGACUCUUCUCCAAGGCUGCUCGACGCUCGAACGCGGAUAAUGCCGAUUUGCAACGUGACAGGAUUUUGGACGAGGAGCCGGAGGCACGUGCACAGGAGAAUCCUGCUGCGCCGCGCGAUAACAUUUCACAAGAUAUUUUUGAGAACUUUGAUCCGGAUGAUUUCUUAUAUGACGAUGAGGAGUGGCAUGAUUGA